CAUACACACAUUAUGGGCUUUUCAAAAUUUUCAUGGACUUCCUUUCUUCUUAUAGUUCUGGGUUUGUGUGUGGUCAAUGGGCAGCCUCUGGUCCCUGCAUUGUUCAUAUUUGGAGACUCAGUUUUUGAUGUGGGCAACAACAAUUACAUUUACACCAUUGUCAAAGCCAACUUCCCUCCUUACGGAAGAGACUAUGUCACCCACAAACCAACCGGCAGGUUCUGUAAUGGAAAACUUGCCUCUGACUUCACUGCUGAGAACCUAGGGUUCACCUCAUACCCACUGCCUUAUCUUAGCAAGAAAGCCAGAGGAAAGCACCUCCUGAUUGGUGCCAACUUUGCCUCUGGUGGUUCUGGUUACUAUGAACCUACAGCAAAACUAUAUGUAAGUACAACAGAUUAUCACACAAUACCACUGAGCAAGCAACUGGAGUUUUACAAGGAGUACCAAAAGAAACUGGUGGGGAUUGCAGGGAAAGCCAAUGCUUCAACGAUAAUCUCUGGUUCAAUUUACUUUGUUAGUGGUGGUAGUAGUGACUUUGUUCAGAACUAUUACAUUGAUCCGCUUGUCUACAAGGUGUACACACCUGACCAGUUCUCAGACAUUCUCAUCCAAUCGUACGCAAAGUUCAUUCAGGAUUUAUACGGUCUGGGAGCAAGAAAGAUUGGCGUGUCGACGUUGCCACCAAUUGGAUGUCUACCGGCGGCCAUUACGUUGUUUGGCGACGACAGUAACAAUUGCGUAGCAAAGAUGAACAAAGCAGCGAUUUCAUUUAACAACAAGCUCAAUGCGACAUCAAUAAACCUACAAAACAAGCUCUCAGGCCUCAAUCUUGUUGUCUUGGACAUCUACCAGCCUCUACAUGACCUUGUCACCAAGCCUACCGAUUAUGGGUUUUUUGAAGCAAGGAAGGCAUGUUGUGGAACUGGGUUGGUAGAAACAUCGAUUCUAUGCAAUUCCGAGUCCGUGGGGACGUGUGCAAAUGCAUCAGAGUAUGUGUUCUGGGAUGGUGUUCAUCCAUCGGAGGCUGCUAACAAAGUUUUGUCUGAUGAUUUGCUAGUGAACGGCAUUGCCCUUGUCUCCUGAAACAACACGGCUUCACCACUUUCAUGUGCUUUAUAACAUUUCUAUGUUUUUUGAGUUUGUUCUUCAUAUAUAUGUUGCUGGUUUGAGAGCUUGAUUGGCUUUUUUAGCUGUUGUGAAUUUGUG